AUGGCCGCCGAAAAGAAGAAACCCCCGCCGAAGAAGAAGUCGCCGGAGAAAAAGAAGAGCGGGGACAAGUCGAAAAAGAAGUCGGACGACGAUACACAUUCCAAUCUAUCCAAGAUUUGUUAUCUUAUAGCCGUUUCUGAUCUGCUGCAUGCCUUGUAUUUCACCGUUCAAGCGAUGAUUCUGUUGGUUAAGCAGUUCAGCGUUUUUGCUAUGUUGGCGCUUCUGGGUGUCAUUUUCUGGGUUAUUAUUGUCAUUAUGCUGCUUGUUGGUCUAUGCAAGCGCAAGCCAGGUUUGGUUCGAUUUUGGCUCAUAUUCUCCAUAGUCGGCUUUAUCACCGACAUUAUAUUUCUGCUUUGGGGCAUUGCGACUUCAAUCACUGUGGAUUGGGACCGGCUUGAAGAGUUUUCAAUCAUUAUUCUUGGCAUAUUUAUUGAAUGUUCCUGCAUUUGUUUAAUACAUCGGUACUACAAGGUUAUGGGUGAGAAACCAAAAGAGAAAAGGACCUUAUGUUGCGGCGGAAAUAAUGACAAAAAAAAGUCGAACAAAAAGAAGGAAAAGAAAAAGGGCAAAAAAUAA